GCCCGAGAGGAAGAGCCGCGAGAGAGAGAGAGAGAGAGAGAGAGAUUUGUAGUUCAUCGAUGGCGGCAGAAGGAGAAAUCGACGACCUCCCCAAGAACGAAGCGAACUACACUGCCUUAACGCCACUGUGGUUUGUGGAUAGAGCUGCUUUAGUUCAUCCGCAGAGGAUAUCCGUCGUUCACGGAUCUUUACAGUUCACUUGGCUUCAGACUUAUCAGCGAUGCCGACGAAUGGCUUCUGCGCUAUCCAAGAAUUCCGUUGGUGUCGGUAGCACGGUAGCUGUAAUUGCACCCAAUGUCCCAGCCAUCUACGAAGCUCACUUUGGAGUUCCAAUGGCUGGAGCUGUGCUCAACUGUGUCAACAUUCGACUUAAUGCACCGACAAUCGCUUUCCUUCUGGGACAUUCGUCAGCUGCAGUUGUAAUGGUUGACCAAGAAUUCUUUACCUUGGUAGAGAAAGCCUUAAAAAUUAUAGCAGAAAAAAGCAAAAAUAAUUUUAAGUCCCCACUUAUGAUUGUCAUAGGUGAUAAAAGCUGUAACGCAGCAGAACUCAAAUAUGCUUUAGAUAAGGGGGCCAUAGAAUACGAGAAGUUUUUGGAAACUGGUGACCCUGACUUUGCCUGGAAACCCCCGAAAGAUGAGUGGCAGAGCAUUGCUUUGGGUUAUACUUCUGGGACAACAUCCAGUCCAAAGGGGGUGGUAUUGAGCCACCGAGGGGCAUAUUUGAUAGCUCUAAGUGAUGCUCUUAUAUGGGGAAUGAAUGAAGGAGCUGUAUACCUCUGGACUCUUCCGAUGUUCCACUGUAAUGGUUGGGGUUACCCUUGGACACUUGCGGCUCUCUGUGGGACAAAUAUUUGCCUUCGCCAGGUAUCAGCCAAGGCUGUCUACUCAGCAAUAGCUGAGCAAGGUGUGACCCAUUUCUGUGCUGCUCCUGUGGUUCUCAACACCAUAAUCAAUGCUCCUAAAGAGCAUACUAUCCUACCCCUCCCCCGCGUUGUCAAUGUAAACACGGCUGGUGCAGCACCACCCCCGUCUGUUCUGUUUGAGAUGUCCAAGCGUGGGUUCCGUGUCACCCACACCUAUGGUCUCUCGGAGACCUAUGGCCCCUCCACCGUAUGUGCCUGGAAGCCUGAGUGGGCCUCGCUAUCCCCUGAGAAGCAAGCCCAGCUUAAUUCUCGCCAGGGUGUCCGUUACAUUGGUUUGGAAGGCCUUGAUGUUGUUAACCAAAAAACAAUGCAACCUGUCCCAGCUGAUGGUACUACUCUUGGAGAGAUAGUGUUGCGUGGUAAUUUGGUGAUGAAGGGGUAUUUGAAGAACCCAAAAGCCAACCAAGAGUCAUUUGAGAAUGGAUGGUUCCAUAGCGGCGACCUGGGUGUGAAACACCCUGAUGGGUACAUAGAGGUGAAGGACAGGGCGAAGGAUGUCAUCAUAUCUGGGGGUGAGAACAUAAGCAGCUUGGAGGUAGAGAGUAUUAUAUAUCAUCACCCUGCAGUCUUAGAGGUAUCAGUAGUGGCAAGGCCAGAUGAGCAGUGGGGAGAGUCCCCUUGUGCUUUUGUGACAUUGAAGAGAGAAGUGGAUGGAUCAGAUGAACAAAGAUUGGCUGAGGAUAUAAUUAAGUUUAGUAAGUCGAAGAUGCCAGCAUAUUGGGUUCCUAAGUCUGUGGUAUUUGGUCCCUUGCCGAAGACGGCCACAGGGAAAAUACAGAAAAAUUUGCUGAGGGCCAAGGCUAAGGAGAUGGGACCUGUAAAGAAGAAGAGUAAACUCUAAAAAGCCAUUGGCAGAGGGUUUUAAUAUUGUUUGUAAUUGCAGCAUCCAAAAGGUUCACUUGCUCUUGAUGUAAUAAUGACAUGUUAUUAGUCACCCUUAGCUCUU